AUGGACCCUCUCCGCAAGAAGAUGCGCACCAUCGUCCUCAUUGCGCUCGCCGUUCUUAUCCUGGGCUGGUGGAUAUCUGCAAUCGUUCUGAAGGCAACCAGGGACAGAUGGCUCGUCCAGACCAUCUUCGCCUGGUUCUUCCUGUUGGUCAUCCUCUUUCGCUUCAUCCCCGCCUCAGUCGUCUCGCGGCCCAUCUCUGCGGUAUGGAUGCCCCUCAUCCAAGAGCCAUGGUACAAGCUCCCGCGCCCGAUGCGCCUCACUAUCGGCUGGCUCUGCCUGCUCGGCAUCCUCUUCGGCUCUGCGUUCGGCUUCCCCUUGCCUGCUGGCACAACCUACGGAGACCGUGUGAUCUCUAUCCUGGGCAUUUUCGUGUUCCAGUGCGGCUUCUAUGCCAGCUCAAUGAAGAGGGCUGCUGUACCAUGGCCAACGAUCAUCGUUGGGUUGUUCUUGCAGCAGGUCAUUGCGCUGUUCGUCAUGAAAACUGGUGCCGGUUUGAAGCUCUUCACGUACAUUGCCGACCUCGCGUUCGACUUCUUGACCCAGGCCUACGUCGGCGCUGCGUUUUUCUUCAACAGCGACGUCGUUACGCAGAAUUUUUUCUUUGUCAACACGCUGUCCGCGAUCCUCUUCUUCGUCGCGACCGUACAGAUGCUGUACUACCUUGGAGUCAUGCAAUGGAUCGUUAAGAACUUUGCCUGGGUCUUCUAUAAAACCAUGAAUGUCUCCGGCGCCGAAGCCGUCGUUGCUGCCGCCUCGCCCUGGAUCGGCAUGGGCGAGUCUGCAUGUCUCGUGAAGCCCUUUGUCGAGCUCAUGACCGCCUCCGAACUGCACCUCGUCAUGACGUCCGGCUUCUCGACCAUCUCCGGCUCCGUUCUGAGUGCAUACAUCUCCAUGGGUGUUCCCGCGCAGAACCUGGUCACCUCGUCAGUGAUGAGCAUCCCGGCCUCAAUCGCGAUUAGCAAGCUGCGCAUGCCCGAGAUCGACGAGCCCGUCACGCGUGGGCAGGUCAUCAUCGAUCGCGGAUUGGUGGACGACAAGGACAGGCCAUCGAACGCGUUGCAUGCAUUCUCGAGGGGCGCGUGGUUCGGGUUAAGCAUCGCUGGCCAACUCGUUGCAAAUGUGCUGACGAUCCUUUCGCUCGUUGCUGUCAUUAACGGCGUCCUGACGUGGGUCGGCCGUGGAUUCGGUAUCCAUGCUCUCACUCUACAGCUCAUCCUCGGAUACAUCUUCUACCCGAUUACCUUUUUCCUGGGUGUCCCCCGCAACGAAAUCCUCAUCGUGUCCCAGCUACUCGGCACCCGACUGAUCGAAAACGAGUUCGUCGCAUAUGAGGCCCUCGCCGCUAUCAAGGCCAGCGACAACCCUCUCUCCUACCGCGGCUACACCAUUGCCUCCUACUCGCUCUGCGGUUUCGCCAACCUCGGAUCGCUCGGUAUCCAGAUCGGUGUGCUGACCGCCCUCGCGCCCUCACAGGCCAAGACAAUCACACGCAUCGCCACCUCGGCGCUCAUCUGCGGGUUCUUGGCUACGCUGCAGACCGCUGCUCUCGCGUGA